UUACCGGAAUUUGGUGAAACGAUUGCGGGGCCACCAAGGGCUGAAGAGGAGGAAAAGGAACACUUUAUGACUGUUGGUUGUGAUCCUGAUGGAGAUGAGCCAGCCGGGGCAGAUGAAGAGUGGAGAUACUUCAAAAAUGUUGAUGAUGCCAAUGUGCAACCAAUAAAAAAUGUUGAAGUGGAGGUGCCAAACAGAAAGAGGUCAAGGCCUAUGCCAUACUUUGAUACUGAGGCGGUUCCUAAUGAUGAGGCUGGAUUGGUGGAUGAUUUUAUUGUGGCUGACACAACGUAUGACAAAGAGAAUCCAGUUAUUAAGGAGGGACAUACAUUUGUAGACAAGGCUGAGUUUAUGGAAAUUAUCAGGACAUAUGCCAUAAAAAAUGAGUUUCAGAGUAAGAUUGAACAUAGUGACAGCGAAAGGUACAGGGCAAGGAGAAACAAUAUAACAUUGAGUUGUCCUAUUGGAAAGCGUGGACUGCGAAGAAGACAGCAAUGAAUGCUCUUCAUGGUACUUGGGAGGAGAGUUUCACAAUGCUGUGGAGGUUCAAAGCAGCACUAGAAGAAUCUUGCCCAGGAAGCAUUAUCGAGAUCGAUUGCAAGAAGAUCAAUGGGAAAAUGCACUUUUCAAGGAUGUUUGUGAGUAUUAGAGCUUGUGUUGAUGGAUUUCUGUCUGGGUGCAGACCGUAUCUUGGUGUUGAUUCCACUCACCUCACUGGAAAGUACAAAGGACAAUUGGCUGCAGCAAGAAUCGCUAUUGAUGGCCACAACUGGAUGUAUCCAGUUGCUUAUGGCAUUUUCUCUAAGGAAACAAAUGCAAAUUGGGCAUGGUUCAUGGAUAACUUGAGAAGGGCAGUUGGGACUCCUCCUGGAUUGACAAUCCACACGGAUGCUUGUAAAGGACUAGCAUAUGCUGUCAACAAAGUUUUUAAAGGUGAAGCAGAGCAUCGGGAGUGCUUUAGACACCUCAUGGCCAAUUUCAGGAAGAAGUUCAAAGGUGAUGUGCUGAAAUACAUGUGGCCUUGUGCAUGGGCAUGUACAACUCGUAGGCAUGAUGCACUGAAGGACAAAAUUACAGAAACUUGUCCUAAAGCAAUACCCUGGUUAAACAAGCACCAUAAUCUGGUUUGGAGCAGAUCAAAGUUCUCCAAAGAAUGCAAGGUUGAUUACGUUAACAACAACAUUUCCGAGUGCUUCAACAAUUGGAUUAAGGAUGAAAAGGAGCUUCCAGCUGUGUAUCUUAUGGACAAAAUAAGAGAGAAAAUCAUGGUUAAGAUAGCCACAAGGAAAGUGAUAGCCGAGAAACUUGAAGGGCGUAUCCUCCCAAGUGUCUUACAUGAGUUGAACAUGAAGAGCAGAGGGUUGCACUACGAUUUCACCAAAAGUGGGCCAUUGUCAGCUGAAAUUUCAGGAACAACAAAUGAAGGAAAGACUUGGAGGUAUGGUGUUGACCUUGCAAAAAGGGAAUGUGGCUGUGGUCAGUGGGAGGUGUCCGGAAAACCAUGCACUCACGCUAUAUUUUUAAUUGGGAAAGUACGGCAAUUAAAAAUUGAAGAUUUUGUGGAUGACUACUAUUCGGUACAGAGGUUCAAGCUAGCUUAUCAGUUUCAAGUCACUCCAAUGGGUGACAAAUCUCAGUGGCCAAAGAAUGACCCACCUUUUGAAGUGGUUCCUCCACCACUAGAAAGGCCUGCUGGUAGACCAAGGAAGCAGAGAAUCAAGGCUAGUGGAGAGCCAGGAAAAAGAGGUCCGUAUCAAUGCAAAAGGUGCUUCCAGUUUGGACAUAUCGAGAAGGGUUGUUAUGCAACUCAAGCUGAACUAGAACAAGAACUUCCGCCACCUCGUCCAAAAAAGCAGAAACAACAAAGGAAAGCCAAAGCUGAAUCUCUUGAAGCAUCGAGCUUUGUUGAUCCAAAAGUAAUGUCUAGCCCAGGUGUGACUACAAGGAGGAUGGCAUCCCUCUCUCCAACAAGCCCAGGUGUGACUACAAGGAGGAUGGCAUCCCUGUCUCCAGCAAGCCCAGGUGUGACAACAAGGAGGAUGGCAUCAAUCUCACCUGGAGGAAUCAACCGUAGGCUUAUCAUCGAGUAG